UCUGCUUUGACUCAUUGCACGAACAAAAGAAAUCGAAAAAGAACAAAAAAUAGAUUUAACUUCACUGUGAAUAUUUUUGUGCUGUGCUAUUGGAGGUUUCGACAAAGUUUUGCGAAAAAAUAUAAAACUUCUAAUCAUCAAAAACCUUCCAUUGCUCGUACAGUCAAUCUAAACUCACAGAUUUGUUGAAUAUAAAAGCCAAUAACAAACGUUAGGUAUAAUGGCGAAGAAAACCUACGAUUUACUUUUUAAGUUGUUGCUGAUCGGCGACUCGGGCGUUGGAAAAACUUGCAUACUCUUCCGUUUCUCGGACGAUGCAUUCACCUCCACCUUUAUUUCGACCAUUGGAAUUGACUUUAAAAUCAAAACAGUCGAGUUGAGGGGUAAAAAAAUCAAACUUCAAAUAUGGGACACUGCCGGCCAAGAACGUUUCCACACAAUCACAACAUCCUACUACCGUGGGGCCAUGGGGAUAAUGCUGGUAUAUGAUAUAACAAAUGAAAAAAGUUUCGAGAAUAUAGUAAAAUGGUUACGAAAUAUAGAUGAGCAUGCCAACGAAGAUGUGGAGAAAAUGAUUUUGGGCAAUAAAUGCGACAUGACAGAUAAACGGGUCGUGAGCAAAGAACGCGGAGAAGCGAUCGCGCGGGAACAUGGUAUACGAUUUAUGGAAACAUCUGCCAAAUCUAACAUCAAUAUCGAACGCGCAUUUUGUGAGUUGGCUGAAGCUAUACUAGAUAAAACAUCUAGUCGUGAGGCUGCAGAAAAUACUGAUCGUUUAGUUGUUGAUCGUCGAAAUAAUGAAAAGGCACCAGCCUACAAAAGUUGUUGUUCUUAAGUUUGCCUAUCAUAACAGCCCCCCACAACCUACCAGCCACCAACAGCACCACCACCAACUACCACUUCUAAAUCCUCAUUGCUACUAAAAAAAUGUAAGAGGCAAAGGACGGAUGCAAAAUUAUUAGAAUAGUAUUGCCUAAUAACAAAUAUAAGAUACUAUCAAUUUUUUACAUAAAGAGAAAUUAAUUAUCAACAGCUACUCAAUUCACUACUAUAUGUAUGUGUGUAUUGUAAUUUUUGCAAUAAGAUGAAAAGAGAUCAAAUGUUUGUAAAAAAGAGAGAAAUAAAAAAUGGAAUUGCUUGUGCAAUGAUUUAAAUAGGUGAUCAUCAUAUGCUUACUCGCUUCUAAAAAGAAAUUUGAAAGAAGAAAGUAAACAAUUACAAGAAACUUUAAAUUAAAAAAAU